AUGACCGGAAGAAAAGUAUUCCAGCUAAUAGUCACACCCGAGAAAGAAAUGGAAGACCCGGAUCUUCGGCCAAAGAAACGUAAUAAAACCACGAAAUUUGCAGGCACAAAGCCCAACACUCGUGAAAGUAUGCGCGGCACUAUUACACAGACUAAUCGGUCUUCUGAAGACGUGGUACCAAACCGAAAAUGGCCUCAUUGCGCUGGUUAUGCAGAGAAAGUCCCAUCGAUGUUAUCUUACGAUAUGACCAACAGCAAUGGACCACAAGUAACAGCAUGGGGAUACGGAACCAAGUCGUCCACAUAUACAUAUACGUGGUUUAAGUUGGGGUUGGGACAGGAUCAGGGACAAGAAAUCUACGAUGACACACUCCUCUAUGAUGGCCUUGGGUCAAUCAAGUGCCCUGACAAUCUGACUUAUAGUGAUCUAGCAAUAGAUUACUUACGUCACUUUUAUCAGCAUCUACUAGGAAUCUUGAGGGAACAAGAAAGAACGAAAACCUUUGAAUUGCUCUCAUUUCAUUUUAUACUUGCCGUGCCAGCAGGUUGGCCAGAUGUUAGCCGCUGUCAGAUCCGGUAUUGUGCAGAAAAUGCAGGAUUUGGAUCACGGGAGGGUGACAGAAUUUCACUGAUUUCUGAGCCAGAAGCGGCUGCGUUGGCGAUGUUUCAUUCUUUCUCAUCUAAACUUGAGGCUGGAGGGACAUUUAAGGAGAACACUAAUGUUAUGGUCGUUGACAUGGGAGGCGGCACAGUCGAUCUCAUAACCUACACUAUCAAGUCAUUGAAGCCCUUUCGAGUCGCAGAAGCAUGUGUUGGGUCUGGUGCCAAGUGUGGCUCUAGUACCAUAGAUCGCCACUUUCAAAAGCUGAUGGAGGAGCGAUUUGGUGGUAAAUACAAGAACAAAUCUCCAAAAUUCAUAGGGCCGAAGAGCACUUUCAUGAAUGAAUUCGAGAACGUGAAACGUCGUUUUGACAAUGAUACGGACAGUGAUACCCUACCACUGGACAUGGAACUGGAAUCCAGUGAGUAUUAUGACUCCGAUGACGGUGAAGUCAUUUUGAAAAGUGAGGACCUAAUCGAAGUGUUCCGUCCUGUGGUUGAAAAUGUCAUCGGACUCAUCAAAGAACAAGCGGAGCGAACUGAGGCCGAGAAUGAGCAUCCGAUCACUGCAAUUAUCCUCUGCGGCGGACUUGCCGGGUCCGGUUAUAUUCAGUCGCAACUGAAAAACUUUUGUCAAGAGACUAUCCCUAACACCCAAGUCCUUAUACCUCCCAGUCCAUGGUCCGCCAUAUGCUGCGGUGCUGCUAUGAGUAACACAAAUAGUAGCUUCAUAUCCAGCAGACGAGCGUGGAGAUGCUAUGGAACGGUAGUCCACUCCCCAUUCAUUGACGAAGAGCACAACAGAAAAAACGCAACCAAACACCCAGAAGGCAGAAUGGUUCAGAAAAUGUUCUGGCAUAUCAAAAAAAAUGAUAACCUGCUUUGUCAGGAAAAGUAUCGAUGGCUCAAGAACGCCUCUAUACACGUUGGUGGAAAGUUUGGGUAUGAAGGUGUCAUUGAAAUCUAUCAAUGCGACAGUCAGGAAGCUCCACUAUGGAAGUCUGACAAGGCGGUAACGCGACUCGGAGAUCUACCCAUUGACUUGACCCAUCUCGAUCCAUCUACCAGGAAAAAAGCUGUCAUCAGCUAUAUUCCAGGAAGAACACCCGAAACGAAAUCAGUCAAGGUCGAAAUUGGACAGGUUGUCAAAUCUUCCAGCAUCGUUGAAUUCAUCGCCCGAAUUGGGAAAAGAACGGUUGGGCUGGCUGAAUUUGACUAUAAGCCCAUAGCAAAGGGCGAAGAGAGUAUCGAUGAUGAAGACGAAGAGGAUGAAGAUCAUAAUGCAUGGCUUCGUCCGGAUUCUGAGUCACCAUGA